AUGCCUUCAGACUCGACGACUACUGCGACUCCUCUCCGAAUUACGAUCGUUGGCGCUGGCCUGGGUGGUCUUACGGCUGCCGUGGCCUUGCGGCAGAUUGGCCACAUCGUUCAAGUAUUCGAGCGGUCGGAGAACAAGACCGAGGUCGGCGCGGCGCUAGGGAUCCAGCCCAACGCGAUGCGCGUAUUGAAGCACCUCGGCGUCCAGGUGGAAAAUUUCAAAGGCGUGUUUGUUACGGGGUGGUUGCUCAUGUGUCACCGCACCGACAUUUAUGACGAACUGAAACGCGUAGCGCUCGAUACCACAGGCGGGUUUCCGCAGGUGUCGAUGCGCUUCGGCUGCAAAGUGCUCUCUUGCUCCCCAGAGGAAGGCACCGUGGUACUUGAAUCGGGAGAGACCGUCCACGCGGACCUGGUCAUUGGAGCAGAUGGCAUCCAGUCGCUCAUCCGUACGAAUGUGCUCGGAUAUGUGCAGGAUGCCACACCCACCGGCAUCGCUUGUUGCCGUUCAGUGUUCAACGCGACUCCUACGGAUGGCAGCUUCUCGGGUCUGGAGUGGCUCAGCGAAGGAGACCCUGGCGUUCGCUCUGUGGCUUGGAGAGGCCUUCCUUUCCGAAUGAUUCUCUGUUAUCCGUGCAGAAACGGAGAGCUCGUCAAUUCGGCUCACUUCUAUACGGAAACAGAGGAAGAGAAGCAGGACGUCUCGCAACCAGCUUCGACUCCGACAAUGUCCCCAGCGCAGGUACGGGCCAAGUUUGCGGACUACCACCCCAAGUUCCACCGCCUGCUCGACCUGCCGAACCACGCGGGAAAGAUCUUCCGCUGGCGGCUCCGUGUGCUUCCUGCGAUCCCGACGUGGUGUAAAGGUCGCACUGCACUCCUCGGAGAUGCGGCGCAUGCCACGCUCCCUUUCUUGGCCCAGGGUGCGGCGAUGGCGAUCGAGGACGCGGGUGUGCUCGCGUGUAUGCUGCCGCUUGGCACCACGCGCGAGGAUGUCUCUGCACGCCUUGCAGUGUGGGAAGAUAUCCGCAAGCCGAGAGCAGAUUUUGUGAACAAGACGACCAUCGAGCAGAUGGAAUUUAUCAUCGCUGGGCAACAAGGGACUGCGCUGGGUGACACGCGGUCCAAGUUGGCAGAAUAUGAUGCAAUCGCAGCCGGUCGCCUGGCUUAUCAGGAAAAGUUCGAACGCGUUUGA